AUGUUACUGGAUAAGAUUCUUCUUAAUAAUUUUACUGGCUUAAGUGGAAAAAUUCAUUUCACUGACCAAAGGUUAGAUCCUUCAGAUACUUUUCAGAUCAUCAAUGUGAUGGGGAAAGAUUAUAAGGAAAUUGGGUUCUGGACAAAUGGACUAGGUUUCUCAAAUACUAUAGGCCAAAAUGCUUCUUUCAAUUCUUCAAUGAAGGAACUUGGACAAGUUUUAUGGCCAGGAAGACCUUGGGGAACUCCAAGAGGAUGGAUUCUAGCAUUGGGUAAACCACUAAGAAUUGGGGUCCCCGUUAUGGACUCAUUGAAACAAUCCGUAACUGUAAUUCAGGACCAAACAGAAAAUACCACCACUUUCCAAGGAUUUACCAUUGAUAUUUUCAGAGCAACUAUGGAGUUGCUUCCCUAUCACUUGCCCUACAAAUUCUAUCCUUUCAAUGGCACAUUUGAUAAUUUGGUGAAGCAAGUUUAUUUGAAGAAUUUCGAUGCAGUAAUUGAUGUAAGCAUAAUUUCAUAUCGAUAUCAGUACGCAGAUUUCACUCAGCCAUACACUGAUCCAGGAGUGGUGAUGGUAGUUCCCCUUAAAUCAAAAGUGGAUCAUAGAGCUUGGUUAUUUAUGAAACCUUUUACGAAGACUAUGUGGGUUCUAAUACUGGCCAUGGUUAUCUACAAUGGCUUCAUUCUUUGGAUGUUGGAAAGACGCCACAGUCCUGAAAUUACAGGUUCCAUGCUGAAUCAAACUGGGACCAUGGCUUGGUUGGGAUUAACCCCUCUAAUGAAGUUAGAUGUUAAUUCUAAUUCGGCUCAUUUGACUGAACAUAGGAGACAAGCUACAUAG